CAUCGCAGCCAUUAGAGGGAAAAGUUGCGGCGCGGCGAGCCGGCGGAGUCCUGGCGCCCGCCCCCUGCGCACUCCCCACUCGCGAGCCGGCUCGGCGCGCAGGCAGGGCAGUGAUCGCGCAGCCGGAGCGGCGGACUGACGUGGCCGAGCGCCGGGAGAGGACGCGCCGCCGGCAGCCGAGGCACUCCCCGCGCCGCCCGCCCGAGCCCGGACGCGCAGCCCGGCCCCGCCGCCGCUUUCCGUGCGCGAGCUGCACCCCUCCGUGCGGCCAGUCCUCGCCCGGCGCGGCGGGAUGGCGGCAGUGCUGAGUCCCGGGCUCUGAGACCCAGCCUCGGAUACAUUUGCCUUCCGUUCUUUUAGGGCUUUUGGCUGUUGGUCACACUGAUGUGACCCGUCCUCCCCUUUUUGGAAUGAUGGGGAUCUUUUUGGCGUAUGUUGGAUUUGUUUUCUUUUCCGUUUUAUAUGUACAGCAAGGGCUUUCUUCUCAAGCAAAAUUUACCGAGUUCCCGCGGAACGUGACGGCGACCGAAGGGCAGAAUGUGGAGAUGUCCUGCGCUUUCCAGAGCGGCUCCGCCUCAGUGUACCUGGAGAUCCAGUGGUGGUUCCUGCGGGGGCCCGAGGACCUGGAGCCCGGGGCCGAGGUGGCCGGUGCGCAGGUGGAGCUCGUGCCCGACCGAGACCCGGACGACGGGACCAAGAUCAGCACAGUGAAAGUCCAAGGCAAUGACAUCUCUCACAAGCUUCAGAUUUCCAAAGUGAGGAGAAAGGAUGAAGGCUUAUAUGAGUGCAGGGUGACCGAUGCCAACUACGGAGAGCUUCAGGAACACAAGGCCCAGGCCUACCUGAAAGUCAACCCCAACACCCAUGCCCGGAGGAUGCAGGCCUUCGAAGCCUCCCCCAUGUGGCUGCAGGAUAUGAAGCCUCGCAAGAAUGCCUCCGCGGUGGCUCCCAGCGGCAUCCACAGCUCAGCCAACCAGCGGAUGCACUCCACCUCAAGCCCUCAAGCGGUAGCCAAAAUCCCCAAACAAAGUCCUCAAUCAGGUGCGAGGAUAGCUACAAGCCAUGGACUUUCUGUCCUGCUUCUUGUUUGUGGCUUUGUGAAGGGUGCUUUGCUUUAAUCUAAAGUGCUGACUUUUUUCCAAUAUCACUUUCUCUUCUUAAAGCAAAGAGCAAAUCGCCUGUAAAAUCUACGGAGCGGACAGCAAAGUUGACCCUAAACUCCAAGCACCACUCUGCACCCACUGUACUCUAAUUACCUACACAUGGAGCGCCUGCUUCCGGAAGCAUUAACGAAGAAGCUAUCACACGCUUUGUUCAUAAUAUUUUCUUGGGCAAAUCGCUGAUCUUUUUAUUUCAAGAGAAUUAGUGUGAAGUCAUAGGACAUUUUCUAAUAGCAAGACCUAUUUUUUUCAUUUUCCUUUGGCUACUUAAAGCAUCAUCUCACUGACUACUCAGGGGUUGGCCUGAAUGUCAUCGGUAUAGUAAAUAUUUACUACACAUCCCACUAAUUUCCUGCCAAGAGACCCAUUUCCUGCUCCUAGCAAACAGAGAUCAAAAGGCUACAGGACAGAAACUAUCAUCAAACAAAUCCCCCGUUUGGGGGCGAGAACAAAAUUAUCCACACCACAAGUCAACAAGAACAUUAUUUAAAAUGAGAAAUAAUAAAGAUUAUUUUUUAAUUUUCCUUUUCUUGAAUUUUUCUCCGUUUUCUUGAUUAGUUCUUGUUCAAUAGUGGCAAGUGCUGAUUACGGCCAAUCCCUGUCAAUCCUGGGAGGUUUCUAUAACUACAUUUUGAGUGUUCAAUAUUUCAAUGUAUUUCAAUUCAUUUUGCAAUUCCUGUAUAUGCAAACUUGAUAAAUUCUAUAAAUUGCUUAUCAUAUGUGUGAUAUAACUUCAAAGUAGGUAGACUGUGAUCCUCAUGCAAGCUGAUUUUUAUCAUUACAGAUAUGAUACAUACAUAUAACUAUUUUGGGCCACCAACCAAUUUUUUUUGGAUAAAGCAUUUGUUUUUCACUUAUAAUUCAUAUAUUGUGUGAAUUUUGUAAUACAUUGUUUCACUUCCACAGGUUUGACAGCUGCAGAGGGUUUAUGUUGCCCUCUGCUUCCUUCUGGAAAUGCAUAUCCAAAACUGUAUUGGUCUCUGAUCAGUGAAUUAAUUUUGUGUGUAUGCUGUAUUGGAAUUUGCUAUGUUCCUUUCUACGUGGUGUUUAUUGAUGUUUGAGGGUCUCUUGAUUCUGAAGACUGUAUACCCUCUGGUCUGACAGCUACCACAGUAUUAUUACCAUCAUGAUUAUCGUCAAAAAGCAAUGUUGCUUCUAGAAAAUUUGGCUUGGAGAUGAUUGUGGGGAAGGUGAAGUGCUCACCGUGAUUUACUAAAUUCAUGGAAGAACACUUCUUGCUUGACUAAAAAUGCUGCUUCCUUUGACCUUUAUGAAUUUUUGUAGCAUUGUCAUCUGUUAUUUGAAGCUAGUUGUUUUAAUGUCUCCUAAUUAAAAAUUAAGAUUUGAUUGUUGGCUAAAUACAAUAUGCAAAAGAUGACUGCAAAUCCCUGACUAAAGAAGACAAUGUGUUCAGUUUUCACUAGUUAAGUGACAUAAUUUUAAAUAUUCCAUACUUAUUUUUGGCUUUAUGAUAAUUAGACUUUUAUUUAGAACCUAUUUUCUACUCUGGCAAUGAAUGACAGACAGAACUAUUAAUGUUUCUAUAUAUGCUAUGGAAUAGAUAUGGGUUGAGAUAUGACCUAAGUUUUCCUUCCAGAGAGAUUCUUCUGUUUUCUUUCAUUAAAAAAACAGAAGAUCAUCUGUGUAGGACUGUCAGCUCCCAGAUUAAGGUUCUAAACUGAAGCUUGAAGGCAAUGAAUACCUCUGCUUUUCACAGGUAAAUUUUCUGAAAUUCAAUUAUAAGAAGCGUGCAUAUUUUCAUAUUAUCUUCUGAGAAAUAAUGUUUCAUGCUAAAUCUUUAUUCACAUUUUCCUUGUUCAUUUGGUUUAUUUCUCAGUCUAAUGAGAAAAAUAAAGGAAUUGAUUGUGCUAUUUUAUUAACCUAGAAAUUUAUUUUCUUUCAAAGUUUAAUACUUAGAAUGCAUUAAGUAAUGUUAAGAUAAAUAUUAUUUAUUAAGUAUAUCUGGGCUUUCAAGAUUACAAGCAUUCAAGCAUUAAUUAGUAUACUGAUUUAAAUUUAGUGAAGCUGGGAAGUUCUUUCAUAUAGUUUACUUUUACCCAAAGUUCAGGUCAUGAGAUGGGUCAGUUCUAAAGCAAGACAGAUGUAUAUCUGUAUUGAUGAUGUUUGCCAUGCUCACUCGUAAUAAAAAAUAUCUGCUAGCUUGGAAAGAAUCUUCAUUAAUUCAUUCUGUUGGUUUCCAAAAUAAUGAAGACUUCUUUGUCAGUGCACUACCAAGAGUCUGACUGGCCUCUUUGAGAAAGAACAUGGCACUCUAUUUCUCCAAACUUGAAAAGUUAAUAUGGAACCUUAAAUAUUGGAACAGAAGCUGUAACCAAUUAAGGAGGUUGUCUAGUGGUUUUCACCUUAUAUUGCAUCCCUCUGAGACUCUUGUAUGUAUCCAUGACUAUAAAAACAAAUAAAGAUUGAAAAGUAAGUUA